GCGGCAGUCACACUAUUUGCGCAUAAUUUUAAAAUUGAACGGACAAGCGGAGACGCUGCGCCCAUAGUUCUCGUUGGAAUUAGUGCAACAAAUAGUUUUCUAUAGCGUCCAUCUGUAAAUAGUAGUUAAAAAUCAUCCAAUUAAGUUCAGUGGAAAGUGAAAACAAGGCUUUCCAGGAAGCACACACACACACGGGCACGCAUACAAGUGCAAUCGCCUGGCGUCAUUUUUUGGACUGUACGCGCUAAAAUACUAAUUAAUUGAUUUAAUUAAUUAAAAUGGACAUAUCUGGUGGUAAUACGUCGCGCCAGCCGCAAAAGAAGUCCAACCAAAACAUCCAGGUGUAUGUGCGCGUCAGGCCCCUUAAUUCCCGGGAACGUUGCAUCCGAUCCGCCGAAGUCGUGGAUGUGGUGGCACCACGGGAAAUUGUGACCCGCCACACGCUCGACUCCAAGCUCACGAAGAAGUUCACCUUUGACCGCAGCUUUGGCCCCGAGUCCAAGCAAUGCGAUGUCUACUCCGUCGUGGUGUCUCCACUGAUCGAAGAGGUCCUCAGUGGCUAUAACUGCACGGUUUUUGCAUACGGACAAACUGGCACGGGCAAAACCCAUACGAUGGUGGGAAACGAGACCGCCGAACUGAAAUCCUCCUGGGAAGAUGACUCUGAUAUUGGUAUCAUACCGCGGGCUCUGAGUCACCUUUUCGAUGAGCUGCGUAUGAUGGAGGUGGAGUACACAAUGCGCAUUUCCUACUUGGAGCUGUAUAACGAGGAACUGUGCGAUCUGUUGUCGACCGAUGACUCCACCAAGAUUCGUAUUUUCGAUGACAGCACUAAGAAGGGAUCAGUUAUUAUCCAGGGACUGGAGGAGAUACCUGUGCACAGCAAGGAUGAUGUGUACAAGCUGUUAGAAAAGGGAAAAGAACGUCGCAAAACGGCCACUACUCUGAUGAAUGCACAAUCCUCUCGAUCCCAUACUGUGUUUUCUAUAGUCGUGCACAUUAGGGAGAAUGGAAUCGAAGGAGAGGAUAUGCUGAAAAUCGGAAAGUUGAAUCUAGUGGAUCUGGCGGGCAGUGAAAAUGUCUCAAAGGCAGGAAAUGAAAAGGGAAUACGUGUGCGGGAGACAGUAAACAUAAAUCAGAGUCUCUUGACUCUCGGCAGAGUAAUUACCGCAUUGGUGGAUCGUGCACCUCAUGUUCCCUAUCGCGAAUCGAAGCUUACUAGGCUGCUCCAAGAAUCUCUGGGUGGCAGGACCAAGACGUCCAUCAUAGCCACCAUAUCACCGGGUCACAAGGACAUCGAGGAGACCCUCAGCACUUUAGAAUACGCCCAUCGAGCCAAGAACAUUCAAAACAAACCCGAAGUCAAUCAGAAGUUGACCAAGAAAACGGUGCUCAAGGAGUACACCGAGGAAAUUGACAAGCUCAAAAGAGAUCUUAUGGCUGCCAGGGACAAGAAUGGCAUUUAUUUGGCAGAGGAAACAUACGGCGAAAUCACCUUGAAGUUGGAAUCGCAGAACCGCGAGCUCAACGAGAAGAUGCUGCUGCUAAAGGCUUUGAAGGAUGAACUCCAAAACAAGGAGAAGAUCUUCAGUGAGGUGAGCAUGAGUCUGGUGGAGAAAACUCAAGAGCUGAAGAAAACCGAGGAGAAUCUGAUGAACACCAAGGGUUCGUUGCUGCUUACAAAGAAAGUGCUGACAAAGACCAAGCGGCGUUACAAGGAGAAAAAGGAGUUGGUGGCCUCGCAUAUGAAAACGGAGCAGGUGUUGACCACACAGGCGCAGGAGAUUUUGGCCGUUGCUGAUCUGGCCACAGAUGAUACUCAUCAACUGAUAGGCACAAUCGAAAGAAGGCGUGAUGUGGACGAGAAAAUACGCAGAUCCUGCGAUCAGUUUAAAGACCGUAUGCAGGACAAUUUGGAGAUGAUCGGUGGCAGCUUAAAUUUGUAUCUAGAGCAGCAGGCAGCCUCUAAGGAGCACCUUUGCCAGGAGAUGGUCAACUCCAACAAUGUGAACCAACGUCUCUCAACAAAUGCCAGCAAGAGCAUUGAAAUGCUUAAGGAAAUCUGUACUCAGGCGCUGACCGAUCAGGUUCAGCUUCAGAAUAAGUUAAUGACAGAAGUCUUAAAGGUCAGCGAUCAGCACAAUGAGAAAUUUAUCGCCCAGAUGAUGAAGCAGUUGCAGCAGCGUCAGCUUAUGAUGAGCAGGGAAAUUCAGACGAGCCUACAGGAUAUGGAGGAAAACAACCAGCGGCAUAAAGCCAUGCUAGACUCUAUGCAGGACAAGUUCUCCCAAAUUAUCGACAACAGUUCGCAGUCUCUGGAAAAGCAUGCGAAGCAAGUGCAUCAGCAACUAGAACAGCUCAGUGGAAUGAGUUUGCCGGAUGCAGAAAAUCUACAGCAGCUGCAAGAGGAGCUGGCCAACGAACGGGCUCUGGCACAGCAAGAGGAAACACUUCUGGAGUCUAUGAUGAUGCAAAUGGACCAGAUCAAGAAUUUACGUGCCAAGAAUAACGUUAGCAUGUCUAUUCGUCUAAACAAGAUGGAGGAAAGUCGACUGACCAGGAAUCAGCGCAUCGAUGAAACCAAGACUGGUAUCCAAGAUUACCAGAAUAUGGGUGUCAAAGCUGCUCAGUCCGCUCAAACGGAGCUCAGCAGCCAAAUGGAGACGGGAAUGCGCUGUCUGGACCAAGGCGUUGCAAACUGUUCCAUGCUUCAGGUCCAUAUGAAAAAUCUCAGCCAGGAAUAUGCCAAUCAAACAAACGACAAUGUCGGCUCAAGUCGCCUACACCACGCGCAGGUGGAGUUUAUAUGCCAAGACAGCAAACGUCAGCUGGUGGCACUGGAAGAGAAAAGCCAAAUAAAUCUGGAUCAGAUUGUGGGGGAGAGAGAGCAGCUUAACACGGAGGACAGGCAGCGUUUUAUUGGUCAUUCCACAGUGGCCACUGAUCUUGUGCAGGAGUUGUCACGGCAAUCCAGCGAACACGCCGCACUCCAAAAACAGCAGCUUCAGAUUUGCGAGCAGGAGCUUGUGCGCUUCCAACAGAACGAAUUGAAAACCUAUGCGCCUACCGGAACCACGCCGUCCAAAAGGGACUUUAUCUAUCCACGUACUCUGGUGGCCACGUCACCGCACCAGGAAAUUGUGAGACGCUAUCGUCAGGAGCAGGAUUGGUCUGAUCUGGACACUACUGCACCCAUAGAUGAGUUAAGCGAGGGGGAGCACGACGACUCCCUGGCAUCCGUCCAAGAGCUGUCCGAAACGGAAACCAUAAUGAAUUCCACGCCCAUUGAGGCUGAUGGUGUUACCAUAAGACGAGGCUCUUCUACCAAUCGAAACUCCAAUUCGAACGCUCUGAAGCCACCCGUAAUAAGCGGUGGCAAGCGCAGUAGCUCCUUGUCCCGUUCCCUUACGCCCAAGAAAUCUUCACCUCGAAAUUCUCCCGCUUUCAACAGGCACAAUAAAGAAAACGUGGCCUGAUUGCAUCGAUGACUAUAGUACUCAACCCAGUAACUCGUUUAUGUUAGUGGAAUCCGGAUCGUUUUGUUUGUUUGGCUCUUCUGGAUAUUCUUUUUUAUCUGUAUAUCAAUCUUUGGAAUUUCGUACAUUUAUUAUUUAAAUAAACUUAGUAUGCUAUGUAAAGUUAACAAAACCUUGCCACGUCGGUUCGACUGCCAGUUCAAGAUUUAGUAAGCUUGUAUAAGUAUUACAAAGGGCAUCGGAUAAAGGUUUUUCUUAAAGUUCGAUAAGUAAUUUAAACAACUCCUUAAUGAUUUCGUUCAACCUCGUAUUCUUGUGCGUUUUAUAUAAAGUUCACAAAACUUAUCGGUUUAUUAAAGUAAAAUCUGUUCUUUAAAGUUUACGAGCCUCUAAAUCAAUAAAUUUAGAUUUAAUACAAUGUUAUAUUUCUUUUGCUGAACAUAACAUAAUCUCAUUGGUAAA